CCAUCAACGGGCAAACCACGAUCAGCAGACUUUGUUUAUAAUAUCCAAACCCAGUUCCCACGACGUACUCACAAUCAGUCCUCGCGGUGCGGUUACUCGUUGUCUGCGGACGGAAUUGCUAUCGAACGGCGCAUGCGCUGGGUGAAGUCCAUAGACAGCAUGGUCGGUGCGUGUCGGGAGCAUUCGGCUGGCCUCGACAUGUCGAUGUCAAGCUUUGAUACUGUCCUAGAGGUGGCGCGGGCUAUGCACAGUGACACGCCAACGUGUCAUUAUGGCACGGACGGUACGGUUUUUGGCAUGGCGCCAUUCCGGGCCGACAAUUACCACAUCCUACCAAUCGGGCUGUCAGCAUCAUGCAAGGCUGAGAAAGCCGAGGAGUUUGGUGACAUACUGGACACGUCUAUCGAUGACUGGUCCAUCCAUGGUUCCGAUGAAUAUGGAGAUCUCUGGACGUUCUCAUGCGAUGGGGCUACAACGUUUCGGGGAGCGUGCUAUGACCGUUUGAUGGUCCGGGAGUUUGACCGUUCAAGCGCACUGUACCGGAAGCUCUCAACGCUGAAGGGGCUCAAUCUACGUUGCGGGAAGAGAGAUGUAGUCCAUGCACCAGAUCCCAAGCACUUGAUCAAACGCGUCGCAACUCAUGUACGGAGCGCAGAAGGAUCAGUACUGAACGGGACCGUGAUCAAUCGGAUUGUGGUCACGAACUUCCUGCGAAUGCUGCCGGGCCACACAAAAGCCAGCGUUGACAUCCUGGUCGACCCGGCUGACCAUCAGAAUGUUCCGCGCGCCACAAAACUACUACAAGCUGUUGUAGAACUCGCAAACAUGAAUCCAACGGACCUCAGCCCGACAGCGAUGCUCACGUACCAGGCUAUCUGCCUCCAGGCUAGCCUAUGGCAAUCCCUCCUGGACGCCUUCAUAGACCCCUCUCUCUCGCUCUCGCAGCAGCUGACAUGCCUCGCCAAGUUCGCACACAUGGCGUUCAUCUUGUACCUGCAACACGGAUCAACAUUCAUGUCAAAUCAGCUCUACAGUGACAUCCAAGCGCUUAUCAAGGCCGUCUAUGUCUGUGUUGCACGACAGCAGCUCCUGGAUGACACAAAGCCCUUCUAUCUAUAUCAGAUUGGGAGCGACCGUCUGGAGGAGCUCUUCGCAGAAGUACGCACACAAUCACACGACCGUAACUGCGAUAUGGCGCAGCUUGCCGAACGUCUUGCAAUAUCCGCCGACAUCAUCCAGAUCUACAACCGACAUCCGGACUGGAAUCGUGGACAGCGCCGCCGAUCAUUCACCGGACGGGAAGGUGUGGAUCAUGUUAAUCCGCGGUUCUAUGAGGGGGACAUGGUCGUGAAGAAUGUAUGUCUGGAGACGGUCUGGCGAUCAGGGCUCAUCGCUGCUGACAAGACACUCCAUACGCAUGGCAUCCAAGUCAACUUCGACGAGAAGCUCUCCCACCCUGGAGUUGAUUUCAUGAAGCCGCGAGGCGACACGUACCCAGGGGUGUCCACGGAUCCUGAUCGCUCCAUUGUCAUUGAUCCAGACUCAACGGGUUCCGUACCCAUGUCAACGGGUUCCGUACCCAUCCAACCGCGUAUGAAUGCCAACCAAUCCGCAUCCGAAUCCGAGUUCAUCGACCCUGAUCUGGUCAACAUGGAGCUGAGCGACCUCUUGUCCAAUCCAGACACCAAUGGCAACAUCCAGACGUCACAGGAAAAGGAUUCCGACUGGCUGCACGUACCAGAUGAUGAUGGCAAUGACCCUAAAGAGCUUCACAAGGCAUCCAUCGUCAGCGGGCUCUUCGAUCCAGCGGGCGGUCGUCUCUCAGUCGACCGGCUGCGUCGUGUUCGAGGAUUUCCGCGCGUCUUCCGGGCGAAUGAGCUUGAGAGCGAGGAGCUCACAGGAGAAGAUGUCGUGAAUGUAGGGGAUACUGUGCUGGCGCCUCUUCGCUCACUUGAUUCCGUGGCGGCUGGAUUCGUCCAAGUCAAGGGCAUCGAGCGAAAAGGCAAUCGUGUUGCGCAAGUCACUGAGGCAGACCUGGAGGAGGCGUCAAUGGAUGUCAAGAUAACGGGUCAAGUCCUAUCCAUGUCCGCUCCCGGCACCGGAGAAGCAGGUGCUAGCCCUCCGCCGGAACCCGGGCCUGCAAAUGAGCCUGCGACUCCGAGCUCGGACGAUACCCCGGGCCCACCGCCGGGUGCCAACGAACAGUGGCUUUGGACAGGUGAAACCGUCCGCUUCAACCCCGCAAAUGCAGGCGCCGCGUCACGCAGCGCACAGAAGGCCGAGGAUGGGACACGGAAUGCUCUCCUAGUCCAAGUUCCUGGCGCCUUUGCUCAGCCCGUCGAUAUGGCGAUUGUGCCUACGACGCUCCUUCCUCCUGCUCAGCGGACUGUGCUUCAUGACAGGGGAGCACUACAUACAUGCGCCGUGGACCAUAAAACCCUACAGGAGCUCACCACGAGUAUUUUCAAGACAAUAGAGCCUAGCGCGCUGCUGAGCCGGCUUCCGAGAUAUGGACCUGCGGAAUUGAAACGAUUUCCGUAUCUUGAUCGACAUGGAUACUCGCCAUUUGCCCUUGACGGCGUGAUGCGGCUGAUUGCGCAGAAGAACGAGAGCGGUGUUACAGGCAAUCGUGUUCAAUGCUAUCAAUGCAAUCGCAUCAUCACGCCCGAUCUGUGCCGUACGCAUGUCAGUGAGCACAUCCUGCGAGCACUGCUUGGGAUAACAGAGCCAAGCCUACGCGAACGUGUUCAUGCAGAUUAUCCCUGCGGCUUUUGCGGGCGAACUGGAUGCGGUAUCAGCCUCCAGAAGACAUCUUCAUCCUAUCAACCAGCGUCGAGUUGCUCGCGCGCGCACAAAUUUUCCCUCGCAUCUGCCAAGAAGCACUCGGGGCGUAUGCCGUCAACCAACGUUCCGUUGCAUUGCGAGCUCUGCGACAUCGAUCCUCACACAAAACAGAAGCCGGUUUUCUGGAAGUACAGCAUCUUCCAGCACAUCCGUGAGUCACAUCCUCAGCACUGGGACACGGAGACCCAUCGCACGCAAGGCCUCAGCGAAGGCUUCAUCGCGUCAAUCAACGUCGAUCCGCGCGAGGUCGGUGCAAUCGCCCCCAGCGCGACACGCGCAUAUCCUAUUCCAGAUGCAGAGGCCGAAGCGCGGCUACACCAGGGUGCUCAGGCCACAGCGGGAAGCAAGCGUCCCGGUGAGCCUUCAGCUGCAAAGCGUGCAAGCAAACGCGUGAAGUUCUGA